GCUCCUUCUGACUGUUAGAUGCCUCAUUCCCACCUGUGAUACUCAGAGAGACCAUGAGCCCUGCAAAACACCAUAUUGUUUUGUGAUGUCACCUCUGGAAUGUUCUGAGUGUUUUGGUGACCAACUCCUGCACAGGACCUAUACCCGGCACCUAACACUGCUAUGGCUUUUUACUUGAGGUGGGAGUAAUAAUCUUAGCAAAGCACUCAAGGCCAAAUUUUACAAGAAAAAGAGAUACCAGGACUGAAAGCCUAGAAAUUCCCAUCAACGUGGUUCUCCCUCAGUCAUCAUCUCGGUCGCUCUCUAUAAACAAAGAAAAUGUCACACGUUGUCCCUUCAUUGCUGAACUCUACAACAAACUCCCUGAAACAGAGGGGCACAGCCGAGCCUUUCCUGAGGCUCCACAACCUGUACCCCAGCCCGCGCUGCGCCAGGCAGGCCGCCCUGCCCAGGCUGAGCCGCAGAGUGACCAGCCAGCACUCCUAUCCGCUGAAUCGCUUCUCCUCCGUGCCCUUGGACCCCAUGGAGCGCCCCACCUCGCAGGCGGACCUCGAGCUGGAUUACAACCCUCCGCGAGUGCAGCUCAGCGACGAGAUGUUCGUCUUCCAGGACGGGCGCUGGGUGAACGAAAACUGCCGCCUGUACAGAGAACUGUACUUCUCUCCGUCGUCCUCUUUCCACCACAAGCUGCACCACAGGCGGCUCGCCAAGGAGUACCUGCUGCAGGAGGAGAACAAGGCGUUGCGCGAGGAGAACAAGGCGCUGCGCGAGGAGAACAGGACCCUCCGCAAGGAGAACAGGAUCCUGCAGGUCUUCUGGGAGGAGCGCAAGGCCACGCUGGGCCGGGAGGAGAGCAGGGCCGCCUCGCCGCUGCUGCACCAGGACAACGCGGCCCUGGAGGUGACAAAGGACGCGGCCUUGCAGAUGCACCGCCUCCAGGAGGACAGCAGCUUGCAGCUCCUCAGGGAGGAGAACAGGGCCCUGCGACAGCGGCUGGAGCAGAGGAAGGCCUACUGGGGCCCGGCGGAGGAGAAGGCGGGCCCCGGGGAGGAAAGCACGGCGGUCCCCUCGGCCCACGAGGAGCUCCACGGCCCCGGGCUGCUGCCGGACCAGGGUACAGGCCUCUCCUCCGCUUUCGAGGAGUCCAAGGGGCCUUCGCCCCCCCAGGACGACUCCAAGACCCUCCGCGUCCUGCGCCAGAUGGUCAGCAACCUGUCCGGGUCUUCCGGGGACGAGGAGAGCAAGGCCGGCCCCGGCCUGGCUGACGGGAGCCAGUCCCUGGAGCUGCUGAGGGAGAUGCACCAGGCGCUGCAGGCCCUGCGGGAGGAGAACCAGAACCUGCAGGUCCUCCGCGAGGAGAACCGGCUGCUGCGGGAGGAGAACAGGGCCCUGCACGUGCUGCGCGAGGAGCACCGCGUCUUCCAGGAGGAGAACAAGGCCCUGUGGGAGAACAAAACGCUGAAGCUGCAGCAGAAGCUGGUCAUCGACACGGUGACCGAGGUCACCGCCCGGAUGGAGAUGCUCAUCGAGGAGCUCUACGCCUUCAUGCCGGCCAAGAGCAAGGACCCCAAGAAGCCCAGCAGGGUCUGAGGCCCCCCACCCCCCCAGGAGCCCUGGGCACGUGAUACCCGGCCAGACAACGUCUCCUGCCUUCCAUUCGUCAUCCCCGCCUCCCCCCACCAGGUGGCCCUCGCGGAAGAGCAGCGCUAUCGUCAUCCUCAACUCAGAGAAGCAAUAAAAGCAUGGGGAGGCCGGCUGGUUAACAUCAGCGUGCCGCUCUGGCUUCUUUUUCUUUCUUUUUCCGGCGGUUUUGGGUUCACAGCAGAAGUGAACAGAAGUUGUGGCAAUGGAGGAUGGCCUGUGGGAGAAGAGGGCACUCAAGGCGAGGGCUGUUCAACUGCACUGCUAUUGACACUGGGGGCUGGAGGAGAAUUCUGUGCAGUUCUUGGGGCAUCCAGAGUUGGCUAGUGUUAUUCGAAGCCCGGCCUGCCGAGGACCCGAAACGCACCUGAUGCACGCAGAGAAGGUGGACGAAUGUGGUUUCCUGAACCUUUUUUGCAUUUUCCAGGAAAUGUUAAUGCUACCAUUUGGUGGGUCUAAAGCCACAUUGAUUUAGAACUAUUCAGAAAGGUGCUCCCGAGAGCUGUGAUGCGGGAUGCCCCAAGAUUGCUCACGGGUUAGCUUCAUUAACCUCAAGGUCAUUGGAAAGAAUAGAGACCCACGUUGUUACCUUGACACCUGAGAUCUGGGUAAGAAUAGAAGCAAGAGACUUGCUCAAGCUGAGGAAGGACCCCCACAGUGUGCUUAGAUCCUGCAGAUGGCAACUGGCCCCAAGCUAUGGAGAACUUAAUGUCAGGCUGUCACAGAAAGCCAGACUUAUUCUUAACAUCUUUAAAUUGUAUCUCUUUAAGGCUGUUGGCUGGGCUAGUCAGAGCUGGGGAAAAGAAGAGAGGCUAUGCCAAGAACCCUUAGUGAGGGUGUGUCUGCAGUAGAAAAAUCUUAAAAACACAAACACGCUAGCUCUAUAUGUGUGGUGAGAUUAAUGGGGAAAGAUCUUAAUCUUUUGGACAAAAUAGAUUUGUGUAUUUAUACAUUCAUUCAACACCUAGGCUAGAAACCAGAGAGCCAUGCUGAGUCCAAGCUCUCUCUCUCUUCCUACAUGUAAUAAAUCACCAAAUUUGGCCAGUUUUACCUCCUCAAAUUUCCUGAACUUGUCUCUUUCUUUUUAUCUGUACAACCAUCGACCCACUUCCCUUAUCAGCUCUUGCCUAAUCUGUUGUGGUCUAAUCCUAGAAAAGUCCGUUUUCCACCCUGCAGUCAUAGUGAGCCAUUAAAAAUUUUUUUUUU